AUGUCAAAAAGCUGUCCAAACCAUAAAUUGACAAAAGCUAAAGAAAUGAAAGGUUUGCUGGGAAACACUACUACAAUGACUAGAAAAAUAAAGCCGGCGAUAAUAUUGAGAAAAGGUACCAAAGAGAUAAGUGUUGACAAAGUACUAAAAGUAUGUAAGCAUUUUCGCAACAUAGUCAUACGUGCACAGUUAUUUGUAAAUUAUUACAUAAUCGUCAAUUCUGAUCGCCCUAUUGAUGAAUAUGGCCUCAAAAUAGAUAGACCAGUGGUUAUUAUCAUAGAGCGCUUAGCAUUACUCUUUAACAGUUAUUAUAGCAUUAUUGAAGUUUUAAGUGAUCAUGUAUAG